CUUCGAAGCAAUCGAGAUAAGUUUGUGCAACUGCAAGACUGCAAAGUUACAAACUUCACAGGCUCUUCCGAGCUAGAGCAUUCUAUGGCGCCGGGAGUUUUCUCUGCAUUUCUGUCGCCGAUAUCUCUACCGCACCGACUGACGUGUGUUAACCCACAAUUCAUCCGGAUUAACUCGAAGAGCCAUCCCGCAAUCUGUAAUGUCGCGCAAUCGAAAUCUCAACACGAAUUGCCGGUCUCCGACGACGAAGUCGAAGUGUCGGUUUCUGUACCGGAACACGGGGGAAGAGGGGCGGCUGCUCCGGGUCGAGGUGAACAGUUCCUUCAGCGGCAGAGAGCGUUCGAGGCAGCGAAGCUGGUGAUGAAAGAGGCCAAGAAGAAGAGGAAGAACGAUAGAGUUAAGGCCUUGAAGGUGAAUACGGCGGUGGCUUGCUGUUAUGGUUGCGGAGCUCCGUUGCAGACCUCGGAGCUUGAUGCUCCUGGUUAUGUGGCGGUCGAUACUUAUGAGUUGAAGAAGAAGCAUCGCCAGCUUAGGACUGUGCUUUGUGGAAGGUGCAAGCUCUUGUCUCAUGGACACAUGAUCACUGCAGUUGGUGGGAAUGGAGGAUAUUCCGGUGGGAAGCAGUUCGUUACUGCGGAUGAGCUCCGGGAAAAGCUGUCUCAUUUGCGCAAUGAGAAGGCUUUAAUUGUCAAACUGGUUGACAUUGUCGACUUCAAUGGCAGCUUCUUGGCUCGUGUGCGUGACCUCGCAGGCGCAAAUCCGAUAAUAUUAGUGAUAACCAAGGGUCGGGAUGUGUACAUUCUUGGUUCAGCAAAUGUUGGGAAGUCGGCUUUCAUCAAUGCAUUACUGAAAAUGAUGACUGAGCGGGAUCCAGCUGCUGCAGCUGCUCGGAAAUAUAAACCGAUACAAUCUGCUGUUCCAGGAACUACACUAGGUCCAAUUCAGAUUGAUGCAUUCCUUGGAGGAGCGAAAUUGUUUGACACACCUGGAGUUCACCUGCACCAUAGGCAAGCUGCAGUUGUACAUUCAGAAGAUCUACCAAUCCUUGCUCCAAGGAGUCGUCUAAAGGCACAGGUCUUUCCUAAUGCAAUUGUCGCUGGAGAAAAUGGGAUUGCAGAGAAAUUGGAAUCUGAUGGCCUGAAUGGUUUCACAAUAUUUUGGGGAGGUCUUGUCCGCAUUGAUGUGUUAAAGGUUCUCCCUGAGACAUCCUUGACAUUCUAUGGUCCAAAAGCAUUGAAGAUUCAUAUAGUGCACUCUGAUAAAGCUGAUGAAUACUAUCAGAAUGAAGUUGGAGUUUCAUUAACACCUCCAACUGGAAAGGACAAAGCAGAAAGCUGGAAAGGACUUGAAAUCCAGCGACAACUAUGCAUAAAAUUUGAAGAAGCACAUAGGCCUGCAAGUGAUAUAGCAAUAUCCGGCCUGGGAUGGAUUGCUGUUGAGCCUGUUAGGAAAUCGCCGACACCUCAGAGCUCUGAUCUGCAGUUAGAAGAGUCUGCAAAAGAGCUGCAUUUCGUUGUUCAUGUCCCGAAACCUGUUGAGAUCUUUGUUAGGCCUCCACUACCAGUGGGCAAGGCCGGUGCAGAGAGGAUAUCAUCACUGAACUUCAAAACCGAAGGAGAAAUGCACAUCAAGGAGGUAAGCUUGGAGGGGUUCAAAUCUUAUGCCACCAGGACGGUGGUGAAGGGAUUCGAUAAGUGCUUCAAUGCUAUAACUGGGCUCAACGGUUCUGGCAAAUCGAAUAUUCUCGAUUCCAUUUGCUUCGUGCUGGGAAUUACCAAUUUGCAGCAGGUUCGUGCUUCAAAUCUCCAGGAGCUCGUCUACAAGCAAGGCCAAGCAGGAAUUACCAAAGCCACAGUCUCUGUUGUGUUUGAUAAUUCGGAUCGGAGUAGGAGCCCGCUUGGGUAUGAAGACCAUUCUGAAAUCACCGUUACUAGACAGAUUGUGGUUGGAGGAAGGAACAAGUAUCUGAUAAAUGGGAAGCUUGCCCAACCCAGUCAAGUCCAGAACUUAUUUCAUUCGGUGCAGCUAAAUGUCAACAAUCCGCAUUUUCUAAUUAUGCAAGGCCGCAUUACGAAGGUCCUAAACAUGAAACCUCCCGAGAUCUUAUCUAUGCUUGAGGAGGCUGCUGGAACAAGAAUGUACGAGACCAAGAAGGAUUCUGCAUUGAAAACGCUUGAGAAGAAGCAGGGUAAGGUUGAUGAGAUUAAUAAGCUUCUUGACCAUGAAAUACUACCUGCUUUGGGAAAGUUGAGAAAGGAACGAAUGCAGUAUAUGCAAUGGGCUAAUGGCAACGCGGAAUUGGAUCGGCUGAAGAGGUUCUGCAUUGCCUAUGAGUAUGUUCAAGCUGAGAGGAUAAGAGACACUGCAGUUGGCGAGGUGGAGGAAAUUAAAGGCAAGAUUAGAGAGAUUGAUGAUAAUACUGAAAAGAUGCAGGUUGAGAUAAAGGAGAUGGAGACUGAGGUCUCGAAGUUGACAGCCGAAAAAGAAGCCAGAAUGGGGGCAGAAGUAAAAGUCUUGUCGGAUAAAGUUGAUGCGCUCUCUCAGGACCUUGUACGCGAAGUGUCUGUGUUGAGUAAUAAAGAGGAUACUCUUCAGGGUGAAAGUCAAAAUGCUGAAAAGAUUGUCCACAAUAUUGAAGACCUGAAGCAGUCCAUAGAAGACAAGGCCACUGCUGUAAAAAGAUGCGAAGAUGGAGCAGCUGAUGUCAAGCAAAGGGCCGAGCAACUUUCGAAGAGCUUGGAAGACUACGAGAAAGAAUACCAAGGUGUGCUAGCUGGCAAGAGCAGUGGGAAUGAGGAAAAAUGCCUUGAAGAUCAAUUAAGUGAAGCUAAAGGUGCCGUUGGCAGUGCAGAAACAGAACUAAAGCAAUUGAAAACAAAAAUUAGCCAUUGUGAGAAGGAGCUCAAUGACAAAAGGAAGCAAUUGAAUUCGAAGCGUCAAGAAGCAGUUUCGGUGGAGAAUGAACUGAAUGCUAGGAAAGAAGAUCUGGAUAAUGUUAAAUCAGCAUUAGAAUCUCUUCCAUAUAAAGAGGGCCAGAUGGAAGCUUUAGAAAAGGAUCGUGCGUCCGAGAUGGACCUAGUGCAGAAGCUAAAAGAUGAAACAAGAGCUCACUCGGCACAUUUAUCAAACGUUCAGUUCACUUAUCGUGAUCCUGCGAAAAACUUUGAUCGGACCAAAGUAAAAGGGGUAGUAGCAAAGCUUAUUGAAGUGAAGGAUAAAUCAGCAAUGACUGCCUUAGAGGUUACUGCUGGUGGAAAGUUGUAUAAUGUUGUUGUGGACACUGAAAAUACUGGAAAGCAACUUCUUCAAAAUGGCGAACUUCGCAGAAGAGUGACAAUUAUUCCUCUAAAUAAAAUUCAAGCUCACCGAGUACCGCCCAGAGUUCAGCAGGCUGCUGCUAAGUUGGUCGGAAAAGAGAAUGCAGAAUUGGCACUUUCUCUUGUGGGUUAUGAUGAGGAAUUAAAGAAUGCUAUGGAAUAUGUGUUUGGAUCAACCUUUGUCUGCAAAAAUAUUGAUGCUGCAAAGGAGGUUGCUUUUAGUCGAGAAAUUCGGACACCAAGUGUUACCCUAGAAGGUGACAUAUUUCAACCGAGUGGCCUUUUAACUGGUGGUAGCCGCAGAGGUGGAGGUGAUUUAUUAAGGCAACUCUAUGAAUUGGCAGAAGCUGAAUCAAAGCUUAGACUGCAUCAGGAAAGGUUGUCUGAGAUUGAUGCCAAGAUCAAGGAGCUCUUGCCUCUUUACAGAAAGUUUGUGGAUCUCAGGAAACAGUUAGAGCUCAAGAUGUAUGAUCUUUCACUAUUUCAAGGGAGGGCUGAACAAAAUGAGCAUCAUAAGCUUGGUGAAUUGGUGAAGAAGAUUGAGCAAGAUCUUGACGAUGCAAAAGUUGCGGCAGAAGAAAAACAGACUUUGUAUGAUCAGUGUGUCAGCUCUGUUGCACAGCUGGAGAAGUCAAUAAAGGAGCAUGACAAUAGUCGGGAAACAAGGCUAAAGGAUCUAGAGAAAAAGGUUAAGAAGAUAAAGGCCCAAAUGCAGUCAGCUUCAAAGAAUCUCAAGGAGCAUGAGCAUGAAAGAGAGAGGAUGGUUUUGGAACGUGAAGCAGUCAUCAAAGAGCAUGCAUCAUUAGAGAGUCAAUUAGCCUCCUUGAUGGCACAAAUCAAUAGUCUUGGUGUUGAAGUACAAGAACAAAAAGCCAAGGUAGCAUCCAUACGUGUGAAUUGUGAUAGUGCUCAAUCUGAGCUUGAUUCUGUCCGCCAUAAGAUGAAAGAGUGUGAUACCCAAAUUAGUAGCAUCGUCAAGGAACAGCAAAAGCGGCAGCACAAAAUUACUGAGAUCAAGCUUGAGAGAAAGAAGUUGGAAAAUGAGGUGAAAAGAAUGGAAAUGGAACACAAGGAUUGCUCUACUAGAGUUGAAAAACUGCUGGAGAAGCAUGCCUGGAUUGUAACUGAGAAACAGUUAUUUGGAAGAAGUGGAACUGAUUAUGACUUUGAAUCACGUGAUCCUCAUAGGGCUAAGACGGAACUGGAGAAGUUAGAAGCAGAGCAAUCAGGAUUGGAGAAAAGGGUGAACAAGAAAGUUAUGGCGAUGUUUGAGAAAGCAGAGGACGAAUACAAUGGCUUGAUGUCCAAGAAAAAAAUUAUCGAGAAUGACAAAUCCAAAAUUAACAAAGUGAUCGAGGAGCUCGAUGAGAAGAAGAAAGAAACACUGGAAGUUACCUGGGUGAAAGUUAACAGGCAAGUUAUCGACUUUGGAGCCAUCUUCUCUUUACUAUUACCGGGCACCAUGGCAAAGCUAGAACCGCCAGAAGGUUGUAGCUUCUUGGAUGGUCUGGAGGUUCGAGUUGCAUUCGGCAGUGUCUGGAAACAGUCAUUGUCGGAACUUAGUGGAGGUCAACGGUCGUUGAUAGCUCUGUCUUUAAUACUCGCACUUCUGCGCUUCAAGCCAGCUCCUCUCUAUAUCCUAGACGAGGUUGAUGCAGCUCUGGAUCUAAGUCAUACCCAGAACAUUGGAAAAAUGAUUAAAGCUCAAUUCCCGCAAUCUCAGUUCAUUGUGGUUUCUCUAAAAGAAGGCAUGUUCAACAACGCCAAUGUUAUUUUCCGGACGAAGUUCGUGGAUGGAGUGUCCACUGUCCAGGUGACUGCUGCUGCCAAGCAAAGCGAGUGACGAUUGCUGUUCCCUGAAAUUACAAGGUUGAAGCUGCUGAAGAAACCACUGGACCAACGCUUUCAGCUGUCUUCUGUAACGUAUGAUAUAGGUAGGACAAGUUGGUAUCUGACACCUUAACCAUAUAGUUGUCUGCAAAGUGCAAACAGACUUGGUACACUGCGGAUUAGGAAUUUUCGGAUGUGCAUAGAAUAUGCUUGCUUGCUCGGCAAGUCAUUAGGUUGUUGAUGGAUUCCCAGAUACGGUAAUUAAUGAACCUGUCGAACUGUCAAAAACAGUUGCAUGAUCCCUAGUAGUAUGUGGAAGAACUCGUGGCAAUGGUGAUCUACUGCCGCUUGGUCUGCUUGGAAAGCGAAAAGGAGAGGGAAUUUAAUUGAGACAAACAAUUAGGGGUCGUUUGCUUCAUGAAUUUGAAAAAUGAAGGUUU